AAUUCAUUUCACACGGUAAAAAAUUUGAAAUCCCAUCCGUGCUCAUCACCGUUUACACAACGCACGCAAUUUUAUUGAUAACAAUAAUAAUCAGAUUUUAUAUUGGCGUAUGGAUUAUUGUAUGAAGCGAAUGGCGGUGUGAAUAAGAUGGAGAUGACGACGACGGUGGAGAAGCUGUUGGUGCAGAUCUUCGAGCGGAAGAAUGGGAUUAUCGAACAAGUCAAGCAGCGAACGGAAUUUUACAACCAACACCUUGCUUCUAAACUUCUCAUUGAUGGGAUUACCCCUCCUCCUUGGCUUUGGAACCCUACCCAAUUCUCCGAUCCAAAAGAGCUGAAUAAAGAAGAGCUGAUUUCUGAACUUCUACUUCCACAUCCCCAACCUACAGUUGGUUUCUCUAAGGAUUGUUUCUCCCAGUACAAAAACGUAGUCACAGAAAAUCAUGGAGAGAUUUCUGAUGGAUUUUUCACGGAAAAAGGUUUCAAGGCACAGGAUGCGCCAAUGGUUGCAACUGUCAGCAAUGAGAAUCGUGCUCAAUGUGCCUCAAUUGGGCUUCCUGAGCUAGAUGUUAUCAGCACCUCGCCUGUGGAUGAGACAGAUGAAAGGUUUUUAAACAUUUGUCAUGCACCAGAUCAAUCACUAGCUAGAUUUCAGAGGUCAAAGUCUAGACAACAGGCUCUUGAGUAUCGGAGCAGUGCAAAGGCACAAGCUAAGAGUCGCUUAAGCAAUGAGAAUGGCAAUGAUGUUCCUCCUAACAGCAUUAGAUUAUCUAUUUCUGCUUCCAAGCAGAAUGACGAGGCUUCAAAAUUGGCUGAACCCCGUGAUAUCAGUUGCAAAAGUUGUGGGGACUGCGAUUUGGAUCAAGAAAAUUGUCACAGCAAGGAAAAGGGGAUGAAUAUUGACACUGGUAGAACUACUAGGUCUAGAAGUUCUAACGAAGUCCAAACUUUUGUAAGUGAUUCUACUGCUGAUGCUGAAGCAGGUAGUUCCUGUGAUGAUGCCAAAGCAAGGAAAACAAAAUCAAGGUCUAUAUAUGUUUCUAUGCUGGGUGACUGCAUUAAUGAGUUUUUGAUGGCCGAACCAUUUGCUAGCAGUUGUCAAACUUGUGGAGAAAUGGAACUCAAUGAAAGAGAUUGUCAAAGCAAAGAAACACACAUCAAUUCUAAAACUAGUGCACAUGCUAGGUCUAGGAGUUCUGGUAAACCUCAAGGUUAUGCUAAUGAUUCUUUGAUAAUAAAUUUCUCUUCUGGUGAUACUGACAGGAUGGAUCAUACCAUAGUAGAUCCCAUGGUUAAGUUACAUGUAGACUAUGUAAAUGGGUCAAUUGCAGCAAUUAGUUCUUCUAAUGGCCCCACCGAAAAUUUCAUGGCCCGAGAAUCUAUGUUAGAAGAUGGGAGAAGGCACAAGGAAAAUGGCGCUGAUCUUUCCUUCAGUAGGAUCACAAGAUUCAGCAGAUCUGUCCAACAGAAUCCUGGUAUGGGUGCGGAUCUGGAUUUGGCUCCUCACUCUGCCAAGGCCGAUCGUAGAAUGCUUGCUCCAACAGUUGGCUCAUCAAUGGAACAUCUUAACGUAUCUAAUGAGAUGUUGGGGUUGGUUAAAACUUCUGUUGGGUUGAUUGGUAGAGUGACUAUGUCUCAGACUAGGUCGGGUGACAAAGGCAUAACAGAGCCUGUCAAUAGAUCUAAUAGUUCUAGCCAGGGGGACAAAGAUGAUCAGAAUGCUUCAGGUGGUCAAAUGCUCCAGCCUUGUGGUGAAACCCAUGAUGUUGUUACCUUGAAGGGGAAUGCUGAAAUUCUUGUGGCUAAUGACCUUGUUUCACUUGAUCUUGUUGGAGAACAGUCUGUAAGUUCCAGUCUUAGUGACGCCAAGCGAAGAAGAGAAUUUGAGUAUCAUGUUGCAUGGGCUCCCUCUGAUUGUUUUAUGGUUGUGAAGCCAAAGCAACUCAAUUUUGAUGACAUGGAAGAGCACAACUCAAAUGAAACCUCCACUUCUAUUUCCACGAAGAUAAUACUUGACAGCUCACCAGUAAAUAUAUGUUGUUCUUUGUUAGAACAUGAAUUAUCACUAGAUAAAGAUUUUUCUUGUAAUGUCAAUCAAUUAUCUUUACAUAAGAAGUCAUUAGAAGCGUUGGAGGUCUCAAAAAAAGGAAAGGAAGAUUGGAGGGGUUCUUUUGAAUCUGAUGUCAACAGGCAAUUCGAGAUCCAGAUGGAGAAAGAUAGAUUGGUAAUGAGUGAGCACCCUAUGUCAAUAAGUUUUGAAAAUGAUGCUGGGGCUGUGGGGCAAAUUGAAAACUCUCAAAUGUUACAGAAGGCAGAUAUUUUCUUAUCAAAUGCUGUACCUGAUAUAGAGAUCCAUCAGGCGGAACUUCAUUUGAACCAAGGGCAUGAUGCCUCACCAGAUAUGCUCAUUGAAAAUGGUGCAUAUAAUUAUGAAGGCAAGGAUGGGGGUAAAUCUGAAUACCAUGUCUCUAACAGCCAAAAUGUUUGGCCAUCUUAUUUGUCAAAUUCAACCAACCAGGCAAGUGGAGAUUCCAAAGAUUGCUUGAUUGAGAAAGUUGGAAGGGCAGAUUCAACCUGCAUUGUCCUUGAUGAAAAAAAGCAACUUCCUCUUGGGGAGACACAAAUUUUCUCAUGCCUGGAUGGUGAAGUUUCUAGUAAACAUGCAUACAAUCUGUCUUGUGACAGGAGAGACUUGGAUGGGAGUCUACCUCAAGAAGAGAAUGAUGGAACAGCAGAUUCAACCUGCAUUGUCCUUGAUGAAAGAAGGCGACUUCCUCUUCAGGAGACUCAAAAUUUCUCAUGUCUGGAUGGUGAAGUUUCUACUAAACAUGAACACAAUUUGUCUUGUGACAAGAUAGACUUGGACAGGAGUCCACUUCAAGGAGAAAAUGGAUUAUUAACAUGUAAUUCAUUUGGGUCUUUGCACCGUGAAGAUGAAAUUAUCAAUAUUUCAAGUGCAAGUGCUCCUCAAAUUACGAAGAAGCACUCACCACCUGAAAGAAUAUUCAGGCCUGCCGAAGAGCUUUCAUGGCCUCAGAAUAAGAGGAGAAAGAUUGAAGAUCAGCAAACUAAUAGUUUUACCACUUUCCCAAGUUUUAGGGUACAAAAGCCUUACUGCAUUCAACUGGACCCUACAGCUUCAUGUUUGAAUAAUGCUGAAACCAAAGGUGAUGCUGUCUUCGUGGAUGCAUUUAAGGAGGACAGGAAUUUGAUGGAAGUCAUUGAGUCGGCACCUGAGUCUCAUAUUACCAAGCUUUCUGAUGCAGGAGCUCCAUUCACGUCAAUGUCUAUGCAGGGCACCUUUUGUUUUGAAGAGGAGAAUAAACAUAGACAGUCCUCCUUUGCUACCGAUCACAAACAGUCAGGGGCAUCCCUCGUCUUGAGUUCAACUGAAGAUGAUGCUAGAGGCACAAUAGGAUGUUUGGCUAAGGAAGUGAGAACUCAAUCUCCGGGUAGCAACUUUUUAGAUAUAACUAAACCCCAUGAUGAACAAAGUAGACAAUACUUGUUACCUCUUGAUAACAAUUUUGAUCUGCCAAAUUCUGCAAAUUUGGCUUGUUUUGAGAACACCCUUCCUGAAGGAAAUUCCCAUCAGGGAGAGGACAGGCUACUUUCACAAUGCUCAGCUCCUUCUCCUAAUGAUAAAGACCUGGACUUUGUUGAUGUUGAUCAAACUAUGCCUGUGUUGGAGGGAUUCAUUGUGGAUGCACAAGAAGAUAAUGGAGAAGUGAACAUUGCUGGUGAUGGAAUUGACUUCGACAAACUGAACCUUUCUAGGACUACAAUUGAACGUGCCAGUAUUCUGGCACAUAUUUGCAAAUCUGCUAGCACAGAUACACAUUUAUCCCACUUCUCAUCUUGUUUCGAGUUUCAGGGAACCCAUGAUUUAUUUCAAUCUGAACCAAAUGGUCUUCUUGAGCGGUUGGAUACUUCACCUUUGGAUAUAAAUGUUGACGAACAGUUUGGAUUUGAUGACAGUGUUGUGAAUGAAUCUAAAGGGAUGCUAUAUUCUGAUUGUCUACCAUAUUCUGGUGCACAAUUUGCUUGGCAUUCAGGUAAUCGUUAUGCAUCUCCAGCUGGGAAGCUAUGGGAAAAAUUGUCUUCAUACUCUGGAAAUUCAGAGAAGAGUUUGAGUUCAAAUCCGGAGCUAACAUGCUUCCCUAUUGAUGAGGAUUUCAGUGCAAGUGAAGAGAAUAAGACUCUGGAUGAGAAGGCAGAUGAAGUCCAAGAAGAGGUUGAUUCAUCAGACAAUAGUCAUUAUGCUCAAAGAGAACCACUCAAAGAUUUUACAAAUUCAAGUCUAAAUCCUCAUGCACUGGCUUCUGCAGAUGAGAUGUCUCUGAGCAGAGAUAGUGUGGGUUAUUUUAACACAAAAACUAGCUUCACUGGGAUCCAAACUGAGGUCAAACAAAAAUCUGAAAGUCUCUUAAGAAAUAACAGUGAGGCAAAGGAAAACCAGAAGUUAUCCAUAGGAGCAAAUAAAAUCAAGAAGGCCAAGGAAUCAUUUAAAAACAGUUUCAACAAAAGAAAUUUACCACGCAGAAUCAGUUUGAGACAAGAACAAAAGCUUUCAUUGAAGGAGCCUAAGAGGAACAACAUUAUUUUAAAUGUCUCUUCAUUUGUCCCGCUGGUACAACAAAAAAAAGCAGCUGCAGUAUGUGCAGGAAAGAGAGACAUCAAGGUGAAGGCUCUAGAAGCUGCAGAGGCUGCAAAGCGUUUGGAAGAAAAAAAAGAGAAUGAACGCAAGGUAAGAAAAGAAGCACUGAAACUCGAGCGAGCAAAGAUGGAGAAAGAAAAUAUGAGACAAAAAGAGUUGGACAAGAAGAAAAGAGAGGAGGAAAGGAAGAGAAAAGAUGCUGAUAUGCAAGCAAAGAAAAGGCUGAGAGAGGAAGAGGAGAGGAAGCAGAAGGAGAAGAAAAGAAUGAGAAUUGAAGUUAGGCAAAGACAGCAGAGAGAACAGGAAGAAAAAAUGUGUGCCGAGAAAGCAGAGAAAGAAAAACAGCAUUUCAAAGUUCAUGAACAAGUGAACACUAAUAAGGAGCCUAACAAUGAAUCCAAAAGGCUGCAAAACCGGGAUGAAGCUGGAGAUGAUGUUGCUUUCAAAGAAACAGAGACUAAAUCUGUACCAUUUGGACUUGCAAUGGAUAGUGUCCAACAAACUACCAUUCCUUUUGAAGAAUGUGGCGCUCCUUGUGAAAUUGGAAAGGUGUUGGAAAUUUCCAUUUCUGUCUAAUUCAAAUCUUAUUGUCUGUCUUAUCUUCUUUGAUGUUGAGCCUUUUCAGUGAAAACGACCCAUAAUAAUGGAACAAAUAGAAUGAUGAGCUUACAAAGAUAUUUAGUGUUCAUGGUGUCUAGUCUACAGGGAUGUCGAAAAGAUUGGAUUUAGUUGUUUAAUUUAUUUCUACUUAUGUAACACCUUCUAGUUUGCCUAUAAAGAAAUUUAACUUGGCACUUUUUUAGGGUCAAAACC